AUGGCGAAACUUGUGCAUGAUGUUCAAAAGAAACAGCAUAGAGAGCGUUCUCAACUGACGAGCCGCACCAGAUAUGGGUUCCUAGAAAAGCACAAAGAUUAUGUAAAACGUGCUCAGGAUUUCCACAGGAAGCAGUCCACUUUGAAAGUCCUUAGAGGAAAGGCAAAAGAAAGAAAUCCAGACGAAUACUACCAUGCUAUGCAUUCAAGAAAGACAGAUGCAAAAGGGCUUCUGAUGAGCUCACGUCACGGCGACGACGAGGAUGAGUCUCUUUCCAUGGAUCAAGUCAAGUUACUCAAGACGCAAGAUAGCAAUUACGUGAGGACAUUGAGGCAAUUAGAGUUGAAAAAAUUGGAAAAAAAAUCGAGAGAGCUAAUGUUCAAAAGCUCUGGAAGCCAUACGAUAUUUGUCGAUUCCCGAGACAAGAUGGAGGAUUUUGCUCCGGAGAAGUUUUUCAAUACUACUUCUGAAAUGGUAAAUAGAUCUGAAAACAGACUGACCAAAGAGCAAUUGACCCAAGAAAUUUUAAAUAAAAAGAGCGCUUCAUCGAUAAUGCCAAAGGAAUCAUUAGACAAUAAAAAAUUGAAAAAAUUCAAGCAGGUUAAGCAGCAUAUACAGAGGGAAAUUCAGUUGAAGCAGGUUGAGCAGAGAAUGGACGCUCAAAGAGAGCUGUUGAAAAAGGGCUCGAAGAAGAAAAUCGUAGACUCCUCAGGGAAGUCCUCGUUCAAAUGGAAAAAGCAACGGAAGCGUUGA